UCUGACUUUGUCGUUCACACAGGAGAGAGAUAUGACUAUCGUGGAUCAUCUGGGGAGCCUCAACAACAUCCUGAUGCUGAGGAAGCAGAGAAGAGCCUCUCCACAUCAGAACACCUCAAUAAACACCAGCGGACACUUACAGGGAAGAAACCGAUCUGCUGCUCUGAAUGUGGGAAGACUUAUUCAAGAUCAGAUUCACUAAAAUUACACUUGAGAAUUCACACAGGUGAGAAGCUUUUCAACUGUGAUCAAUGUGGGAAGACAUGCACCUCUUCAUCAGAACUUAAAAUACACCAGAGAAUCCAUACAGGAGAGAAACCUUAUCGCUGCUCACAGUGUGGCAUGACUUUCUCCAGAUCACAUUCAUUGAAAUCACACCUGAGAAUUCAUACAGGAGAGAAAACUUAUGGCUGUGAUCAAUGUGGGAAGAGUUUUGCUACCUCAGCUAACCUGACUGCACACCAGAGAAUACACACUGGAGAGAAGCAUUACCACUGCUCUGACUGUGGAAUAAGCUUAACCACGUCAAGGGGACUACUACUACACCAGAGAACACACACAGGAGAGCAGCCUUAUAGCUGUUAUCAUUGUGGGAAGAGUUUUGCUCAGUCAAAUAACCUGAUAUCACACCAGAGAACUCACACAGGAGAGCAGCCUUAUAGCUGUUAUCAAUGUGGGAAGAGUUUUGCUCAGUCAAAUAACCUGAUAUCACACCAGAGAACUCACACAGGACAGAAGCCCUAUAGCUGUGAUCAGUGUGGGAAGAGUUUUACUCAGUCAACCAACCUUAAAUCACACCAGAGAACUCACACUGGAGAGAAGCCUUAUAGCUGUGAUCAAUGUGAGAAGAGAUACUCUGAUUUAAGAGAUCUGAUUAAACAUCAGAAAAUGCACACCGUAGAUCCACAUAGAGUGGAAUGUCCAACACCAGACCUGAGUAGUAGAACACAGAGAGUGGAAUGUCCAACACCAGACCUGGGUAGUAGAAUACAGAGUGCGGAAUGACCUCCAACACCAGACCUGGGUAGUAGAACACAGAGAGUGGAAUGUCCAACACCAGAUCUGGGUAGUAGAACACAGAGAGUGGAAUGUCCAACACCAGAUCUGGGUAGUAGAACACAGAGUGUGGAGUGAUCUCCAACACCAGACCUGGGUAGUAGAACACACAGCACGGAAUGACCUCCAACACCAGACCUGGGUAGUAGAACACAGAGGGUGGAACGACCUCCAACACCAGACCUGCGUAGUAGAACACAGAUUGUGGAAUGACCUCCAACACCAGA